AAAGGAGAUAGAAAAUCCCGAAUGUUUCCAACAAACUCUUGUCCAAAUAAAACUUCUGCACAUAUUAUACGAACGUAUAUUUCAACCAGAAAACUUUUUAGCAUACUUCAUCUCCUUGUUAAUUUCUCCCUUGUCUCUUUCCAACUCUGCAACUUUCCCCAGGCACUUUUAGGAGAUGUGAGAAACGUUUUCUUGAGGACCAUUUACCCCAUCUCCUGUUAACUGGCAGACGAGGGAGAUCAACACCUAGCAAAGAAUUAGGAGAGGGAAAUGGGGGGCCGUUGAUAGCGAUUUCCAAAUAGGCUUUCUACUCAAACUUUCUAAACCGUGUCUGUCCGGGAAAGUCCUCCUCCCUGCGAGUCUCGGGCUGGGUUUGGGCUGGUUCGGUGGCUGAGGGCAUCUCGGGUACUGCCUUUCCUCCUCCGACUCCUUCCUAUUCUGAAACACUACACAUCAAGAGCCUGUCGGAGAAAUAUCUGAAUGGGGACUCCUCUCUCGACAUCUGGGUAACUACAUCUGACUCCAGCGGAGGGAGUGCGGAAAUGGCCACCGGUGAGAGUCGGACCUCUCUCCCGGCUCCGCCACUGCAGCAUUCUUCCGACCACCCGCUCCUGUCACCAGUCCCUGGCGCCGCCUCUCUGAAUCCGCCCCUUGACACGCAGCCAAUAGCAACACCCGGUCGCUGUACACCACCCCGAACCCUUUCCACACCCCCAUGUCUCGGGAGCUGGUUGGCUGUGCAGCGCUCCGCGAAGCGCCCGUAUUUGCAUAGUGCUCGGAGCUUCUGGUAGGUAGAGCAGCCUGUCACUCUGGAAGACCAGGCCCGCCCACCCCACCUCGGUCCUGGGCUCUCUUCCUGCGCAGUUCUGCUCCGCAGCCUCUGCAGGGAAGUGCCGGGGCUACUCUCCAGGCUCAGUUCUUAGGACAGCGAGGCGGCAGCCCCGGAGUGUAGCGGUGCGCGCAGUCCAGAGUGGCCAGGGCGCGGGAGUGCAACGUUGUCCGAGCGGGUCGUCGCACUACAGGAGCAACUCCUCGGCCAAUAGUUACCGCCGUCCGGACUUUCCAUUCCAGUUGCGGCUCUUCCCGGGCAACAUGUCAAGAGCCGCAGACUCUACAGCUGCCGCCGCCACCUGGGGAGAAGCAGCAGCAGCAGCAGCGGUGUCUGCGGGCACUCGAGGGCAAUAAACCGAGCCACACGGGAGUCAAGCAGACCGGGGUACCCUUUCUGCGCUCACUGCUCCCGCGGUCCCCGGCCAUGUGCUGAGCAUGUCCCUGGCCGCGCCCGCGGGCAGCGUAUGGGGCAGCGCCUGAGCGGCGGCCGAUCUUGCCUCGAUGUCCCCGGCCGGCUCCUGCCGGAGCCGCCCCCGCCCCCGCCGCCGGUGAGGAGAAGGCUCGCACUGCUCUUCGCCAUGCUCUGCGUCUGGCUCUACAUGUUUCUGUACUCGUGCGCCGGCUCGUGCGCCUCCGCGCCGGGGCUGCUGCUGCUGGGCUCGGGGUUCCGAGCCGCACACGCCCCGCCAGCCCAGGCCACUGCUGGGGAUGGGACGCCUCCCCGGCAGUCGUUCCGGGCGCCUCCAGCCACCCUGCUGGCUGCGGGCAAGGAGAUGGCCGAGGGCGCAGAGAGCCAGGAGGAGCAGAAUCCCGAGGCGCCAGAUUCCCCCAGCCCUAUCUCCAGCUUUUUUAGUGGGUCUGGGACUAAGCAGCUGCCGCAGGCCAUCAUCAUCGGCGUGAAGAAGGGAGGCACACGGGCGCUGCUCGAGUUCCUGCGCGUGCACCCCGACGUGCGCGCCGUGGGCGCCGAGCCCCACUUCUUCGACCGCAGCUACGACAAGGGCCUCGCCUGGUACCGGGACCUGAUGCCGAGGACCCUGGAGGGCCAGAUCACCAUGGAGAAGACGCCCAGUUACUUCGUGACGCGGGAGGCGCCCGCGCGCAUCUCGGCCAUGUCCAAGGCCACCAAGCUCAUCGUGGUGGUGCGGGACCCGGUGACCAGGGCCAUCUCGGACUACACGCAGACGCUGUCCAAGCGGCCCGACAUCCCCACCUUCGAGAGCCUGACGUUCAAGAACAGGAGCGCGGGCCUGGUGGACACGUCGUGGAGCGCCAUCCAGAUCGGCAUCUACGCCAAGCACCUGGAGCUCUGGCUGCGCCACUUCCCGCUCGGCCAGAUGCUCUUCGUGAGCGGCGAGCGGCUCAUCAGCGACCCGGCGGGCGAGCUGGGCCGCGUGCAGGACUUCCUGGGCCUCAAGAGGAUCAUCACGGACAAGCACUUCUACUUCAACAAGACCAAGGGCUUCCCCUGCCUGAAGAAGGCCGAGGGCAGCGGCAAGCCGCACUGCCUGGGCAAGACCAAGGGCCGGACCCACCCGCACAUCGACCGCGAGGUGGUGCGGCGGCUGCGCGACUUCUACCGGCCCUUCAACCGCAAGUUCUACCAGAUGACCGGGCUCGACUUCGGCUGGGAGUGAACAGACCUGGGCUGUGUAAUUUCCCAUGUGGCUUAUAUAUUGAGAGAGAUUAUAUGUAUGUAAAAUGUACAGAAAUCUAUUUUAUAAUAAUUUAUUUUUAAUUCAUAAGCAAUUAAUUCACUAAGCUGCCUGGCCACACUCUUUAGGGAGUUAGAGUCAUAAUCUAUUAACAUUCCAAAGUGUUGUUGAACUCUUAAUAUUUUGUUCUGUUUUUCACAAUUGAUGGUGCUUCUGUCCCCCCCCCCCCUCGCCUAUUAUAUUUAAAAAGAAGAAAAGCACAACUUGAGAUUGUGGUUGUUACGGGUAUUCAGCCUUCAGUGGCCACCUGAGUUCUCCGCUGGCUGCCUCCUUGCCUCUUGGGUCUCAGAUUCCAGCGACCUGUCUUCCUGCCCCGUGCACCUCAGGGCAGCACUGAGCUGCCCGCUGCUGUGUUCUGAAGGCCAGACCUCACCAAGCAGCUUCCUCAGAGGAUAGGAGGGUUUCAUCCACACCUCCACUCAGCAUGUAGGAGAAUCACUCACUUCCUUUUCGGUUGCAGUGCCAGGGUGCAUUUACUUUAGCUUUUGAUUUUGAAAGAUGGCCCAGCAUCUUCUUCUGCCCCAUUCCCCACUUCAUUAACCAACUUAAAGUGUAUGCAAAUGUCAGCGUCCUCUUUUCCAGGUCAUGCGUGUGACUCUUGGGUGCUGCUUUAGAAAUAAAAGUGAUUUCUUCUAAUUUGCAUGAGAGGGCCCACACUUUGUUCUCCAGGCAGACAGUUCUGCUUUGACACACCAAAGAAUCCAGUGGGCUGGAACCAAGGACGCUGGGUGAUACGACUUAAGGAAUCAGAUGUGUCCCUUACCCUCAGCGUCUUCCAAGGUGCUGCUAGGUAGAGGGUCAGCCAAUGCUAGGCCAUGGGCCCUGAGCCUCCACAGGAGAAAAGACAAAAGACCCAAGAAUGACAGGCAGCCUGACAUGGGAAGGGAAUCCCUGCUCCUCCCACUUGAUGUCUCCUUGGAGCUCCUAGCUUAUCUCACAAUGACGUUGCAGAGUGACAGCAUGGUCUGUAGUCAAUGGCCAAAUGACAAGAACCAAGACUGGGGCUUGUAAAGACAGGUUGAGGAAGCUGGCCCCCUGCUACCUGUAAACACUUGAACCUGACACUUGUAUAGCUGUCCCUUGUUUUAGCUAGGUCUUGACCAAAGGGUUGCCAGCAUUGUCACUGCUGUUCAGAAUGCUCUUCACUUGACGUUUCUGGUCAGAGAGAGCUACUGGGCAUGAUGACUUAGACAGUUGGGUAACCAUAUAGAUUUAUGGGGACAGCUGGCUAAACAUACAGCAAUAUCACAUAUGAUAUAUUCAGAUUAUCCUCAGCUUUACAAAACAGAAUGCUUCUACCAGAAAAGAAUUGUUAUUUGAGUUAUUCCUUCAUCAAGGAAUAUGUGGGAAGAGAUACAUAUUAACAAAAUGGUUAAGAUGUCAUAUUUACAAAGAGUACUUUUGUGUUUUGUAUGAGAUAACUUUCCUGAUAGUAUAAGAAAACUUGUCUGGAAAGAGGAAAAGAUAAUUCAUCUUUAGAAACUGAUCAAAGAUACUACUGGUCUUUAAGUAGUAUCUCAAUAAUCUAGUUUAUAUUUGCCCACAAGUUUUAACCCAGAUCUGGCUACUGUGCAAAGGUAUGAUUGUGUAGGUUCCUUUUUGGAGGAAGAUGGUUAGGGGCUGUAUGCAUUCCUCAAAUGCUAAAUCCAUUGCAUAGCUUUCUGAUUGUGUCUAGACAAUGAUGUGGAGCCUGCACUUAGGAGAACACCUUAAACCUAGUUGGCGUGGUUCUCUUGGAUGUGAAAAACACCGGCCAAGGGUGCUGACUGGUUGUGCGUUGUUUUGUUUAUUUGAAAUUAAACUGAGAUCUCCUCUUUUCAGUUACAGCAUACUAUAUGGCUUGGAAUAGAAGGUGAUAUCCAAGCCUUUCAUGGAGAAUUACCCUGUCAGCUCUCUGGCCAUCCCUGUGGUCUGAUGUGGCUCAGGAUGCAGGAGGAGGGUUCAGAGAAGGGGCUGCAACAAAGCCAGAGAAAGUACGCAUGAGCCUUCCCAGGCAGGUCCCUGCCCUCUUCCCAAGCUGGACACUUUUAGAUUGUUUAUUCCCUGCCUUAAAAUAAAUCUGAAACAGGAAAUUUUCAGAUAGAAGGAGGGUCAUUUAGUCAUCAACAAUGAAGUAGGUCAAAAUCCUAUUCUGGGUCAAAUUCUUGAAUUCAAACACAUUUCCACAAUUAGCGUUGAUGGAGCAUAGCAAGUUUUUCUAUAUAAGACAAAUAAAUCAAAACAUCUUCCUGGGGGUCUGAUAGCUUAUAGCCCCCAACUGAUCCAGGUUACACCCCAGCCUGUGGGAGUUACUACAGAACCAGUGUGUCUUCCUUCUGGAGAGGGCGGGCCACAGGGAAAAUGAAGCCUUGAAUUUCUUCCUGUUCUAGCAAUCUCCAAGGCCACCACACUUAGCUUUUUAGCUGCUAGAAGACAAACACCCUUUCAUGUUCCGGCACUUUGUCCCAGCAUGUUUUGGGUUUCUUCUAAUUUGAGGGAAAAGCUUUGGUAUUUGUUGCAGUACUUUAUUUCUCUGUUGUUUUUUUUUUUCUUUUCUCAUUUGAAAACAAACAAAAAAGGUUAACAAAAAUGAGUUUUUUUUUUUUUUUUUUUUUUUUGCAGUUUUUGGCCAGGGCUGGGUUUGAACCCACCCGUAUAUGGUCAAAGCCUUACUCCUUUGACCUACAGGCGCCGCCUGAGAGAUUUUUAUUGUUCCUAUCUUUCCUGUGCUUUUUUUGCAGUGUUUGUGCAGUAGUCUGUUAACUUAUAAGUGGUAUCUGGUAUCAUGACUUCAUAAUAGGAUGAUGGAGGAGGAGAAAUUGGGAUUCUCUUUUGAGCGACAGAUACAUUAGAGACCUUUGGAGGAGCACCAUUUCAAAUGCUGUCAGGGUAUUUUUAUAAGAAAGGAAAAAGGACUGUUCCGAUAAACUACAAACGGUACGUAUCUAAGAUGCUGACACAGAAGUUAAUGUCAUUAUUCUAUUUGGUUUAUCAGAAAGGACAGUCAAUAAAACUUAAAGGUGUGGUUAGACUUUUUUUCACUUUUAUAACAUUAAUUUAUGACUGAGUUUUGUUCAGCCCCGUACUCUAAAAUACUGUGCAAAUUCUAGCAGUAUGUCUUCUAUAACCUGGAUGUUAGAAUAGCCAAUAUGUACAAAACAUUUUAAAUCAAGUAUUUUGUCCUAUGUAUAACACAAAUUAAUUUUACACAGAGAAAGAUGUUUCUAGGAAAAUGAAAUUCUGGUAAUUCAUACUAUUUCUUUGUAUGAACAAAUAAAAUAUAUUUU